GGCAAAGCAAAUUGUGAAGUCAUUAUUCGAUAAUAAAGAAAUUUUUUGGAAAAUGCUUCAAUUAAAAGGAGGUAAAAAAUCACUGGACUUGAAUGGUUAUACUGUCAUCGUUCCUAGCAUAUGUGUUGGCAAUGCGGCUCAGUUGGCGUGUGAUCUUUUGAUAUCCUCAAAGCAAUUAAAAAAAAUCGGUAAUAUACAUCAUUCAACUUUGAUACCAAUUUUCGGGCCCUGUGCUUUUGAGCACGAACCUAAAGAAGAAAAAGCAGCAGCGUGUGAAUUAUAUGAAAAUGCCGAAGAUAAAUUGUUGGUUUUACAAUUUCGUGCCCCAUUCAUAUCCAAGCACAUCAAAGAUUUCCAUCAAAAAUUAGCGCAACUUCUUAAAGAAGCUCAAAGUGUUAUCAUACUAAGUGGGAAUUUUGGUUAUGAAAAGCGCAUUAUAGAUGGGUCAUCUUAUGAGUACAAAGCUAAUGAGCAAUUUAAGGAGCAGUAUAAGGAGUCAUUAAGUCUUGUUAAAUGGAGGGAAUUUUCGGGUGAGACAAUUUUUGGAGGAGGCAAUGCUUUACAAUUAUUUCGAGUGCUAGAAAGCCUUCAUAUUCCGGUAAUGGUUUUGUUCCGGUAUUUGCUUGAUGGUGACAACUCAAUUGAUGCUACGCUUAUUGUUGCGGAAUUAAACGAGUUGUGCAAGGGAUUUUUGAAACAUAGCGAAGGAAGUCAAGAUGUUAAGUUGGUUAUACCAUCAUCCUGGAAACUUUUAUUUGGCAACGAUUUCCCCGAACUGAUAUUUUGAAGCUAUUCCCGCUUCAGCUUAAU